AUGCUAGACUUAUAUUCAGAGAGUGGUUUCGAGAAAGAACAAGAGAAAUUCGUUUUAAACGUAUCUGGUAAUGAAAUUACACUAUCGGAAUAUGAUGAGACAGUAGAAGACAUUCAAUUUAAGCGGACACAGCUUAAUAAGGAACGGAAACAAUAUACAGAUGCAUUGAUUCGCUUAGGCCAUGAUAGAGAAGCUUUGCUU